AUGUCCAUUCAUUACCUCCUCAUUCUAAAUCGCCAGGGCAAAACCAGACUUGCCAAGUGGUUCGACAGCGCAUAUACUGAGAAGGAAAACAUGAACAUAUCAUCGAACUUUGUCGAGUACCGUAAUAACAAGCUUGUUUAUAGGAGGUAUGCUGGGUUAUACUUUGUGGUGCUGAUCGACUAUAUGGAUAACGAAUUGACGUACUUGGAAUCGGUGCAUUUCUUCGUCGAGAUCCUUGAUACGUAUUACGAUAAUGUGUGUGAGCUCGACCUUGUUUUCAAUUUCCAUAGGCUUUAUGUGGUGCUAGACGAGAUCUACUUGGGUGGAGAAUUACAAGAGAUUCUGAAGGGAAGGCCUCAGUGA